UAUUAAGUAGUUAUCUUUUAAUCAAAAAUCAACAAAAUGUGGCUUAUCUAUUGCAUAGUUAUAUAAACAGUUAUUUUUCUUUAAUGCCGGUCACAGUCUUACUCAAGAUGUUUCGAGCUGUAAUCCUGUUUUGCCUAUUGGCAGCCGCUGCCGCCGGUCCACCAGUGGUCAAAACUAGGAGAGAAAUCGAAGAUUUGAAACAAACGCUUGAAAGAUCAAGAGAAGGUAUUAUAUUUUUCAUAUAAAGCUUAAUUUUAAAGUUUUUGACUUGAAUUUUUAGAUAUUUUUUAUAAAUUGGCUACCGACACAAAUAGAUAUUUAUCUUGAUUUAUUUAUGCAAUGCUUAUUAUCCUGUAAGAAAAUAUCCGUUUCCUGUAGGAUUCUUAAAAAGUUACUUACUAUACGACCUAAUACUCCACGUCUAGCUUUUUUGGAAUUUUUGGCGAAAAUUGAAAAUUUUUGGGGUGGGGUUAUUUGUUGCUCCUCGUAUAAAAAAGUAAGUCCUUGUUAUGUUUCAUCUACAUGGAAUACAAGCUGUGCCCCGCGGUGUUACCCGCGCUUUAUUAGGGAUAUUUUUCCGCAGUAAACCGUAGCCUAUGUGUCGGCUAACUCCAUACCAAAUCUUAUUAAAAUCGUUCCAGCCGUUUAGACGUGAAUCCUUAAAAAACAUACACAUUCACAAACUUUCGCCUUUAUAAUAUUAUAUAAGUGUGAUAAAGCAGAGACUGCUGUCAUGUUUACAAAUAUCAAAUAUAUCCAUGUGAAGUGCCGGUAUUAAAAGUAUUUUGUUGUCCCAAACCUACACUUUCAUAAAAUGAUUUAAUAUGUUUUUUGAAGAAGAAGAUGAAGAAGGAGCUUAUAAUAUUAUUUGUAUUAUAUAUAUAUUCAAAAAUCAAUAUCUUUAGGAAAAUGUAUUUUAAAAACAAAUUAAUACUUCUGUUUUAGUAUCACUUUCGAUUGGUUUGUUGAUAAGUUUGAUAAAAUAAACGUCAAUUUAAUUCAGUUAUACCUACAGUCAAUAAUUUUCAGCUCUAAUGCAAAAUUUGCUUACAAUUUUACGAAAACAUCGCCGACUCUAAUUCAACGAAAAACGAAAUUUCGAUCGUAACACCGCAAAUUUCUUACUAUUAUAUUUUUUAUUCGUUUCUAAUUAGAAUAUUAAAUGUUUGCCCCAAAAUAGAUUGAGGUUGUGAUUCUCUUAGCCUACUCAGUGAAAAAUUGAAUUUGAUAGCUUAUCGUUCAAAUGAACUGUAAACCCAAAUUGAAAAAUGAAAUUUCGUUUGAACUACGUUAUCGAAAGUUCGUUUCGGAGAAAGAGAGUAGACCCCCGGAACCUCGCCGUUAUUUUUGAUUUUCGACAUGUUGCGACUGGUUUUCCACAUUUAGGUCCUGGCGCUCACGUGAGCAUGUAUUGCUUACGCACACGCCUAGCGCCCUAUAACCCUUGCGCUAUGGAUCGCUAGGCCUCGCUUUCUGAUUCGCGCAGAGGUUGUUUGUACAGGAGCUGAAUGCGUGGCCAGGGUGUCCCAACAAUUACGCGUAGAAUACGCGUAGCAAAUGAACGCGCUAUCCAUGAUGGUCUCACUCUGGAGGAACGUAUGGCGAUGCGCCCUCUGCAGAGCGAAUGGGCGAACAGCGGCAAGUUCGAGGGAGACAUGAUUUUGACUGACGAGCAGAUCCAGGACUUAGUAGACGGUUUCUCCUCUUCUGGAAGGAUGGCGACCACCAGGGCCAAUUCAAGGUGGCCUCAGUCGACAGUCGUGUACGAGUUCGGGUCUGGAGAGUUCAAUCUCGACCAGCAGAGAUACAUCUUGAUGGUUAUGGAGAGGCUCAGCAUUCGCACUUGCGUGCGAUUCCGCACCAGGACUUCCAGCGACAGGAACUUCGUUAGAAUUACGGGCAGAUCCGACGGAUGCUACGCCCACGUUGGUUUCCAUUCCACCCUUGGCGCGCACACCUUGAAUUUAGCUCGCAGCACCCCCGGCUUUGGCUGCCUUGACUUCGUUACCGUCGCCCACGAGUGGUAUCACAUUUUGGGCUUCCACCACAUGCAGUCCACCCAUAAUAGGGACGAAUACGUCCGCAUCCAUUGGGAAAAUAUACAAGACGGAUUUGCUCACGCAUUCUACCGGUACGACGAUACCACGAAUCUGGGAAUUCCAUACGAGUAUGGUAGCUGCAUGCACUACGGGACUCAUUACUUCAGCAGGAAUGGCCGUCCUACUCUUAGCACUACUAGGCAAUACAACGGUGUCUUAGGUCAAACUGACCAUAUUUCUGGCUGGGAUAUUUUGAGACUGCAACGCCACUACAACUGUCCUGGAGCCUGGAGCGAUGAAGCUAUGACGAAGGCUAGAACCACAGCGAUCGUACAAGCUGAAAACGGGCAUUUAGUGGAGAAGGAACUUGAUCAACCGCCGGCAGACGAAUUUGAGCACCUAGAAGACUUUGAAUAAUUGUGGAAAAAUAAACAAAAGAUUUGAAAAGCUGAUAAUGUAUACAUUCUGUAAUUAAAACAUGAUAUAUAUAAAAAGUAAAGACUUAUUUAUGAAUAGAGGCCGCCCGCGACUUCGUCGCUGUUUUUGUUUGAAGAUCCCUCAGGAACU